AUUAUAUUCACACUUCAAGCGUAUUAUUACUCCAACAUGCUUGUACAGUCGCGCGUCCUGCCGGGGCGCCAGACUUGCGCCCGCCCAGCCCAGGCUGUGAGGCCCUUGCGCAUUGCACCGCGUUCGCUAGCGGAUGCACCGCGUCAGUCGGUCGAUCCACUCGCGAACAAGCCGCGCGCUGCAGGGCCCUCCGCUGGAACUGUAUUUCCGAUUUACACACCAGAGGAGGUGGAAGCUAUCCUGAAUGCUAACAAGGAGAAGCUGGUCAUCGUCAUGUGCAAGUCCUCUCACUGCAAGCCCUGCAAGGCGUUCAUGCCCAAAUAUCAGCGCAUGGCUGAGAUCCUGACGGAUUCGCUGCUGCUGGAGCUGACGGGGGACCACUCCCCGGAGACCAAGAAACUCAUGGUCUCGUGGGGCGUCAAGUCCACGCCGACCUUCCGCAUGUACCGCAACGGCGAGGUGGUGGCCAGCGCCUCGGGCGCGCGCGAGAGCAAGGUGCUGCCGGUGCUGAUUGAGGCGCUCAAGGACGGCGAGAAGGGCAAGAACAUCAAGGCGGAGGACCUGGAGGCGCCCACUGAGGACGAGGACGACGAGUAGACGUCAGGCGCAAGGGGCGCAGCAGGGGGCAGCGGCGGCGAUUUUGCGCUGGCACUGUCCGUCGGCUUGUUGCCGCGUGCCCUUCCUGCUACGCGGAAAGGAAAGAGCGUUAGCUAGCGCGAGGGGCGUGCAUGAGCGGGUUUUUGUUUUUUCGCAGCCCACUGGACCUCUCUUCCUUGUCAGGGUUUGGUGUGGGAUACUGUGGCGACAGGUGCGUAAGCUGGAGCGUGGCGGGGAGUGCAUUUGCCAAGAGUGGCGACCCAAGUGGCGACCCGAGUGGCGACCCGAGUGGCGACCCGAGUGGCGGCCUGCGAGUGUGUGUGAGUGUCAGGUGCCACUGAACCAUUCAACUGCACGCCAUGCGGCUGUGGGGCCCAUUUGCUUGAACAUUUGACGCAUGCGGCGAGGACGGACGAGCGCGGUGAGAUGGGGGCCUUGGUUGCUGGUAGUUUGUUGGCUGCGGUUUUAAAGUUUGGGUCGUGUCGCACGAUUUGUGGCUAAGGAGGGCUCAUGGCUGCUUCGCGUUGCCCGAAGUGAGGGAUUCUUUGCAGUGAUCGCGUUAUUGGUGUGAGGCCCGGAUUAAACUUGCACGGGCGGCAGCGGGCGGGGGUGCGGGACACCCAGGGGCGCAUCCUUGUGUAUAUGUUUUGGUGCGCCCGUGAGGGCAAGACGCAAUUUGCACACUUCAGCCUCACAGCGGCUGUGUUGCGGCACCGUCGUGAAAUAAAGAACGGACUGCAAUUGCAGACCCCAAGAUCUAUGACAGUGCCCGCUUUGUAACACAAGAUGCCGCAGGGGCAAACCUGCACGGCUGUUGGUGGCGGUUGGUGCCUGCCUGCCUGCAGCCGAGCUACUGCUAUGUGCGUCGCUGUCACGGUGAUGACGCUGAGUAUGCCCGCCAUUUGCCCAGGCUUGUGGGCGUUGUGUCACCACCCUGCAUAGUGCAUAUGCUUUACGGCUUUGAGCGCGUCACAACGCGGUAGGUGGCACAUUGGCACCCUGUGGCUGUCAGCUGCGCCGAUAUCU